UUCGCGGUAUAUGGACUUAUUGAUAAUAACGAAAGGAAAAUAAUUGAUUUAACCUCACUAACAGAAAUAGUGAAAAGCGCUACACGCUUGUUUAAACACUUUCUGCUCGGAAAGAUAUUAUAAGAGUUCCCUCUACGACAGCCAAUUAACCAAAGUAAACAUGAUUUCAUUUGUUUUAAAUUUCACAGAUAAAACAAUAAUCUGACAUACGAGGAUAGAUGCGAGCAAAAAAUCAAUUGGCAAUGCAGAGAGUGUUGGAAACCUUGUCUUUUCCCGGAGUUUUAUUGAGACACUGAAUUGUUGGUUAUCUAUUAGAUUUUGAUGAAUUCAUGACCUGGACGAUAUACAUCUUCCUCUGGGUAUUGUUUUCUUAUCGUGAUAAUAUGAAUGGAUAUUUAACGUGGCACGCAGGAAUGAAUCAGUGGACACGACUAACUUUUCAAAGGAUUUAACCAUGAACAAAACUCAGUUUCUUAUUUUUAUAUUUUUAAUUCAUGAAUGUGGAACUACUAGACAAAAUGUUACUAUUGCAGCAAUUUUUGAUAUACAAUAUUAUGACCAUUUUAGUAGAAUAUUCUUUGAAUAUGUCACGGAAAAUGUCACCCAGGAAGUAUAUUUACAUGGAAUUGCAACUGACUCGAGGAAUAACAUAGACGGAACGUUAAGAGGAAUUUGUUCUUUAUUUAAAGACAACAAUAUAGUAUCAUUUAUAGUGAUAGGAUCAACACAGACUAUACAGUCUGUAAGUCUAGUGACAACACCAUUAAAUAUCCCAGUUCUGAGUUACAACACUGAUAAAAACAUGUUCAUGCCUAAGGUUAGAAAAAGUCUACAAUUACAGAUGGAACCCACCAUUUCACAGAUAGCCAGAGGAGUAGCAAAAUUUUUCUCGGCAAAUUUCUGGUUCAAAUUCGUGCUUUUAAUUGAAAAAGAAUAUAUUUCCGACGGAUUUUACAGUGAGCUCAAAUUACGUUUAAGUGAAAAGAAAUGGAAUAUUACUGUUUAUUUUAUUUCCUCGAGGUGGCCAUGUACCAAUAUAUGCAAUUUGAUAGCAAAUAUAUUCAGGAAUGAACGCAAAAUCGUUGUUUUACAUACAAACCCCGAUUUAGCAAAGGUGAUAUUUAGAUGUACAAAUUUUGUGAUGAAUUCUAGUAUUUCCUGGUUCUUGACGGAUAAAGUGUUUACACGCAAAAGGGCUUUGUUAAAAUAUUAUCCCACUGGAGCUUUGGCUGUGACGAUCAGUGAACAGACAUAUCUGGAGGAUAUACUUAAAGAUAGUAUUAACGUGGUUGUAGAGGCAAUAAUAAAUAUACCAAAAGAUUUUAGAAGUUUUUCACUGCCAGUAACCCAUGAUUGUCGGACAGUUUCAAGUAGUGAACAAUCACCAGGCCUCUUUUUUUACAAAAAAAUGAUGGAAGCGUCUAUAGAAGGUGUGUCCGGUCCAAUGAAAUUUGAUUCAAAUGGAAUAUUACAAAGGAAUACUAUUGAUGUUCGUCAUCUCGUUAGAAAAGGAAGAAAAAGUACAUGGCGUAGAAUAGGCUAUGUAAGGGGUGAUGACGUACAUCCUUUCGGUAUUCUUUGGCCCGACGAACCAAUAGAGACACAUAUUAGGAACAAUAAAAAGCAUUACCGGAUCGUUACAAACCCUGUGAAACCAUUUGUUAUAAAAAAUUCAGAGUAUGGACUCGAUUCUGAUACGAGACAGUGUGCUAUGUACACCACAUGUUUGGAGCUAACAACAAAAGACAAAAUAGCUACUAUAAAAGCACUCAGGGAUUUUGACAAUGGAACUGUUAAUGCUAGUAAUCCUUAUAAUAUAAGCUGUUGUCGGGGACUAACAGUUGAUCUACUGGAUAAACUUGCCGAGGAUCUUAAUUUUGAAUACACUAUGUAUGUAGUUCAAGAUACCGAAUACGGAAAGAAAAUAAAUGGCUCAUGGACGGGAAUGGUAUAUGAUCUGAUGGAAGGCACAGCUCAUAUGGCCAUUGGGGCAUUCAGUAUUACUAGACCGAGAUUAGAAGUGAUCGAUUUUACAUAUCCCUAUUUCUUUUCUGGAUUUUCUGUGUUGUAUCAUGAAAAAAUAGGAUAUAGCAUUUUGCAUGCCUUUCUGGAACCUUUUCAUUCUUACGUAUGGUAUUCUAUAUUUAUUUCUGCAACUAUUAGUGGAAUUUGCUCAUCUAUAUUCGAAUGGAAUAGUCCUUUUGGUCUAAAUCCUUGGGGCCGAAAACGUAAAUCGAACUAUUGUUUAGCAUCGGGAUUAACUAUGGUUUACUCGUUAUUAUUUGGUCAUACAGUUAAGACCAAAUCACCAAAAUCAUGGCCGACCAAGGUUUUACAAAACUUUUGGGCUUGUGCGUGUAUUUUCAUCAUGGCUUCAUACACUGCCAACCUUGCCGCUUAUAUAGCUGGGAAGCAUGCUGGGAUUAAUUACAAUGACCUUCAUGAUCCACGGUUAUUGAGCAUUCGAGUUGGAACUUUGGGAGGCAGUGCUGUAGAUACAACUUUGAGCAAAUUGAACUCUAAACUGUACCAUGUCAGUCACCGACAUCUGGUGCCAAGUUCUGAUGAAGGAAUAAAAAUGUUAAUAAAUAAUGAAUUGGAUGCAUAUCUUGGAGAUAACCCAAUACUCGAUUAUGCCCGAGUAAAACUAGACCCAAAAUGUCGACUUCGGUUGCUUUCUCAGACAUUUGGGGAAGAUGGAUAUGGAAUAGGAUUGCCAAAAGGUUCCCCCUUAAAGAUUCCUCUGUCAAAAAAGAUAAAAGAGUAUCAUGAAAAUGGAUAUAUAGAUGACCUAAUUGACAUUCAUUUUAAAGACAAACAGUGUUAUAAACAGAGUAUUUCACAAGAAGAUUCAAGAUUACAAGCUUCACAUCAUGCAGGAUUGUUUGUUAUGUUGUCAUGUGGUUUAGUGCUAAGCAUACUAUUGCUUGUUUGUGAACACGGAAUAUUCCGAUGGUUGGUUCCAUACUUCAGAAACGUAUCAGACACAAGUCGUUGGAAGAGUCCUCACAUGCUAUUUUUUAGUCCGAGACUGCACAGAAUAAUAACAAGCGCAGAACUCGUUUCAGCACACGAAUCAGCAAGAGAAAUGCUCGGGAUAGUGAAAAACAGGGAUUUCAGCAAACUUUUUAUGAAAAGCACAAUACGAAAAAAUAGAUUAGCAGAGUUAGCUAAAACUAAGCGACUGAAUAGACACUUCUUAGACAUAGUAGAAAAAGCAAAAUGGAUGCAAGAAAUGAAAGUGAAUAAUUUAUUUGGAGAUGAUUCUCCCAUUUCAGCCACACCUUGUAUCACAGAAAUUUCUCUCAAAGAUUUGUGUUCACAAAUAGAUUUUGACGCGCUAAAAAGUCAAGCUUUGGACGAUUACGAAAUCCCAGAGGAAAACGAAAAAGAGGACAGUGAUGAAGACGAUACUGAAUCUUCAAGUGAUAAAAACUGUUCUUUCUUUUUACCCGAACCAACAAGGUCGAAUAGGUCUUCAUUGGCCAGCAAUAAAAGACUUAGUGACGCAUCAAGUGCAAAAAGAACAAGUGUCACAUCAAGUAUAAAAAGUAAGAGAACUAGUAGCGUCUGUCAAGAUGUUCCGGAAAUUCAUGUCAAUAGUGAUAAUAUCAUAAACGAGUAUAAUGAAAUGUUUCCCAAAAAUCGAAAGAAAUCGUCUGUUCCGAAUGGAAAUUUACAUUUUUCUAACAGUUAUACAAUAACAGAUUGUAGACCUAUUUAUGAUGAUACAAAUGAGGAAGAAACGUCACUUUUACGACAUCAUAACUUUCACAAAUCACCAUCAAUGCCUUCAAAAAAUCGAUAUCAAUAUAAAAAUACUAAGCAGCGGAAAUCCUGGCAGGAAACUAGCGUAGACGAUAUCGAUAUUUCCGAUAUACAAUACGAUGAAAUAACUAAAGAUGACCUAUUAUUAAUGUGGAAAGCUUCAGAAAUGGAACUGAAUGCAAGACUUCAAAAAGCUCUCAGGGAAAAAUCAAGGCUACAAAGACUUCUGGUUGACUUAGAUACAUCCCAAGAACCAACGCCAGUAUAAUGCAUGCAUGAAUUCAUUUCAUCUUAUAAUUUAAACAAAAUUAUACGUGAAUUCCAUUUCUUUUGAAUGUUAAGGUUGUAUUUUUUGCAAACGUUUUUUGCAAAUUAAAGAAUACCUACUAUUUAUAUCCUAACAUAGUAAACAUUUAGAUAAAAUACGUUACACCGAUAUCAAAUAUUCUUGGGCAUUUAAGUAUACGGGUAAUAUUUUGUAAUACAAAUUAAUGCAUAUACCUUUUUAAGUCUUGUAAUACAAUGCUCAACUUAAUUAUACACUUUAUUAUGCGUAUAUACCUACAUACCCCAAUGCCUGAAUGAAUUAUUCUUAUGAAAAAGCUCAUCUCAAUUUAUCAUGCACUACGAUUUUUUACACAUUAGAUUCAAAUAAUUGUAAUUGGCAAGAUAUGUGUGAAUAGUUUGACUGUCACAUUCGUAAAUAAGGACGGAUCAACCGACCUUUGGACGUUAACAUUCAGAUAAAUGUAUAUUAUUGAUCAUGUUUGAAUGAAGAUAGACUUUUGUAUUUUGUCUUUCAUAAAUUUCUUUGAACGAUGUACCUCUUCAAGAACAAAAUAUAUCAUUUAUUUUAAGUAGGCGGCUUUUCGAUUGAAGUUGUUAUCUAUACGUUGAAAACUGUUUCCUUUUUUCCAGUUGACUUGAGAAAAUAUUAAUCACUAUUUGUAAAUAUUAAAUAUAUGAAGUAUGCAAUCUUGUAAUCAAACUAUCCAUGUAAAUCUUUAAAAUUAAAUUAUUGUAUUGAUUGCUGUAAUAUUUUCCGGAAUAAUGUCGUUGAAGGAUAUAAAAUCAGACAGUGUAAACUA